GUCUCUGUCCCACAGGGAAGGAGGAGCAAAGAUAGCCUCGGUCCACGGAAUCCUCGGACCACUUGUUCAAGCCAAGGAAAGAAGGGGGAAGAUUCUGUCCAGCUGAAACUCAGAGCUGCUUUGAGUGUGGAAAUGGUUGGUUUUGUGAAUUUCACACGGGUAUGGAAGAAGCACAGGUCCAUUCUGAAGAAAGAAAUGGAUUCAUGAAAGCAAGCAGUGACGUCGUCUUCACCAAUCGCCUUUUCACACACUCCUUGGAUUUAUGUUUUGCCUGUUUGUACCACAGCUCUGUGAAUGGUGUUUCAGAGUUUCUCAGUGUUCCCAGGAUGCUCACUGUGACCAAGGCCUUGGAAGAGGCUCUUCUGCAGCACUUCAUAUACCAGAAACUGGACAUCGCCUAUGCCAUCAACAAGCCGUUCCCUUUCUUUGAAGCCCUCAGAGACAACUACUUCAUCACUGAGAGGAUGUACAAGGAAUCCCUGGAAGCCUGUCAGAACUUGGUCCCUCUGUCCAGAGUGGUGCACAGUGUCCUCACCAAACUGGAGAAGACUUUCAGCCUGCGUCUGCUGAUGGCGUUGUUCAGCAGAGUUAACCUGCGUGAAUACCCCAACCUGGGGGCAGUCUUCAGAAGCUUCCAAAAAGUUGGUGCUGUCUAUGGAGGGUGGGGCAGAACCACACCAAUCCUACUGAAAGCCCCAGCCGACCCAGCAGAAGGAAGCUCCCUCCAGACUCUGCUGCCACUGCCCCCAUCCCAGCCACCUCCAUCUAGUCGUCCAUCCUGUGCAUCUGGAGUCAAUGACCCCAAAGCAUCCUCACAGCAAAUCCUUGAGCUCCUGGAUGAACAGCUUCACCCUUCUGACCCAGAUAUACCUCACCCUGGCCUCAUGCAGGAAGGAAGAAGUACUCCAGUGACCAGUGAUGACCUAACAUCCAAAACUAACACCGAAGAAGGCUCAGGAGAGAUGCCCAGCCCUUCCCCUGACACUGUGCAAGUGUCCUCCAGGGAUCACCAGACAGAAGACAAACAAGACCCUCGGGAGAUGUCCCAUGCUCCCUUAGGCCCUGUGCCAGUGACCAGAGACAACUUAACAUCCACAGAUACGAAGGAAGAAGACUCAGCAGAGCUGCCUAGCCGAGUGCCUGGCACUGUGCACAGCCACACUGUGAUGAGAGAUGAUUCCCAAGAACCAAAUGACUCUGAAGCGCAUGAGGCAGCACCCAGCACACCUGCCAAGAAAGCAAAGAAAAGAAAAAGAUGCAUUUGGUCAACUCCAAAAAGGAGACGUCAGAAAAAGCACAGCCCACAAGGGGCAGCCUCACCUGCACAUGAACCCCAAGAGAAGCUCAAGGCGGUGAAUCAGGGAACCCCAGAUCAGGGGACUCCAAAGGAGGACGACUCCACCGGGCCCUUGAAGGUGGUGAGGAGCACUCAGAAGAAAAGGAUUGAAUGUGCCCGGGCGUCCAGCUCACAGGAGAUCAGCAAUGAGACUUCAGAAAUGAAUAGUGGAGAGAGGCCCCAGAAGACCUCCAGCACACCAGCAAGAAUUGUGCAUGGUUUUUCACCUCCCUCAAGAACCACUGUUUGUGCUCCUGGGAACAACAUCACCCCUGCUGAGAACGUGUUUGAACAUAUUGUGUGUACUACCCUGAAAUGCCCAGAAAAAACAAAAAGAUAUAACUGGUCAAGCUCCAAAACAAAACAGAACAAAAGGCUUCCCACAGAAAAGCCUGAGGAUGACACCGCGGAUUUUCUCUCUCUUACACUUCCUGUGACCUGUGGUGAGGCCAAGGGGAUUCUCUACAAGGAGAAAAUGAAAGCAGGAUCCUCAGAGAAAUGCAUUCGGAAUGAGCAGGGGGCUUGGUUGACUCCAAAGGAAUUUUUAGUGGAAGGCAAAAGGGCGAAGUCCAAAGACUGGAAGCGGAGUAUGCACUGUGGAGGGAAGACCUUAAGACACCUGCAGGAGAAAGGACUUUUGUUCUGUCCUCCAACAGUGAAUCUCAAGAAAUAGGUGACAAGCAGGUGGAUUCCUGCCACAUUCUCAGAGGUCAUAUCCCAGUUGUCCAUCUCUGAGGACUGCCUUCCAGCCCUGCAUGUCCCAGCUCUGAAGACCUUCGUAUUUGUGCAAGGAGACUCUGUCACCACCGCUCCAGCACACGGACACAGGCACGCGCUAUCUUUUUUCAUAGUUACUUUGCAAUGGAAAAAUAAAUGACUCUUUGAAAGUAAAACUACAGCUGUUGAUGUCCACGUGUUUUAGAAAAAGAUCUGGAUGUUAGGAUGAGCACAUACUAAAGGCAUGAGAAAAAGAGGCUUUA